GAGAUUUAUGAAGAACAUAAUGUCCAUUAAACAAAGCAAACUCAGCCUCAGACUUAGAAGCCAUAAGAAACUCAACAUCAAGGUUAGGGGUCUGGGGAAGAGGAUUCAGCUAUGGCGUGCCACGUGCUGGCGGUGCCAUAUCCAGGAAGAGGACAUGUCAAUCCGAUGAUGAAUCUCUGCAAAAUUCUAGCUUCUCUAAGGGCACCUAAUGAGCAAGAGAUUCUUAUAACCUUUGUUGUCACAGAAGAGUGGCAAGGCUUAAUCGGCUCCGAUCAAACUAGGCUCAACAGCAUAACGAUCUCUACAAUUCCCAACGUACUCCCGUCAGAGCUAGUCCGUGGGUCCGACUUCCCUGGGUUUUAUGAGGCUGUGAUGACAAAAAUGGAAGCUCCCUUCGAAGUUCUGCUUCAAGAUCUUCAGACGCACGUGACAAUUAUUAUAGCUGAUGCCGAGCUCCAGUGGGCUGUUCCUCUUGCGAAUCGAUGGAAUAUUCCGGUGGCUACUCUAUGGACCAAUUCCGCAUCGGUGUUUUCCAUGUUCCUCCACUUUCAUCUCCUUCGCCAAAAUGAGCAUCUGGGAAUUAAUUUUUCAGAGCAUGGAGAAGAACGCGUGGAGAAUAUCCCUGGAGUUUCUUCAACAAGAAUAUCAGAUUUACCCACUAUUUUCCACGGAAAUGACAACAAAGUAUUGCAGCUUGCCUUGCAAUGCAUAUCAAGAGUCAAGCAAGCGCAGUAUCUCCUUAUCAAUUCCAUCUACUGCCUCGAACCCCAAGCCAUAGAUAUUCUUAAAAGCAUAUAUUCUUUGCCGGUCUACUCCAUCGGCCCUGCAAUCCCAUUCUUUGACAUGAAUAACAACCAUGACACAGAUGGCCAGAACCCCAACUACAUAGAAUGGCUCAAUUCUCAACCAAGAGGCUCUGUUCUGUACAUAUCUUUAGGGAGUUUUCUCUCUGUUUCAAGACAGCAGGUGGAUGAACUCGUCGCUGGUGUACGUGAAAGUGGUGUGAGAUUCUUGUGGGUGGCUCGCGGAGACAACUGGAAGCAAGAUUUUGGAGCAAGAGGGCUUGUUGUGUCUUGGUGCGAACAAUUGAAGGUUCUGUGCCAUCCUUCUGUGGGGGGAUUUUUGUCCCAUUGUGGCUGGAACUCAGUUUUAGAGGCGACUUUCGCUGGUGUUCCUAUUCUUACUUUCCCGAUAUUCUUUGAUCAGACUCCAAACAGUAAGCAAAUUGUAGAGGAUUGGAAAGUUGGAUGGCGGGGAAGAGAACGCACAGGAGUUGAUAAUGUUGUGACGAGAGAGGAAAUAUCAGUGCUUAUAGGGAGAUUUAUGAAUUCUGAAAGUACGGAAUGUGAUGAGCUGAGGAGAAAAGCAAAACAAGUUCAAGAGGUUUGUAGAAGAGCAUUUGCAGAAGGGGGAACAUCCGUAAAUGAUCUCAACGCAUUUAUUAAGGAUGUUUUACACAGCAAAGAUUUAUUGCAGAGACUAGUCAAUUCAAAGAACUCUCUCUGUUGA